UUGAAUUCAUUUAAAAAAUAAAAAGUGAAAUAUGGAAGUUGCAUGCACUGAGAUAAACCACAUGUUUUCAGGUAAUUGCGUGCAUUGUUACUUUAUUUCAGGUGUUUAAGUUCAUGUCGACGUACUUGGGUGAAGGAAAUAUCACUGGUUUUGUGGGCGAUAUUGUCACUGCACUAAGAUAUGCACACAAUUUCUCGAUCACUUUUGAUGUACUGGAGGGUUACGCCUAUGGAAAACUAAAAAACAGCUCGACCAAUGAGUGGACAGGCAUGGUAGGAGCUUUACAGUCAGGGAAAGCUGACCUAACUGUCUCCGAGUUGUCCAUCACAGAGGAGAGGCUGAAAGUUGUAACCUACACCCAGCCUAUCUAUAUCAUCAGCCGUAAGCUGUUUGUGGCCACCUAUGAGGACCUCGCCAAGAAGAUGCUAGCCUACACCACCCCAAUGGACACAGCGCUGUACUGGUGCAUCUUGGCUAACAUGAUAGGUCUGGCUGCCAUCCUCUUCUUCAUCGAACGACUCCAGAGGCUCUACAUACCCAUGGAAGAGAAGCCCGUUAGCUUUGGAGUCGCUGGUUGGUACAUGUUGUCAGCUCUCCUUCAGCAAGGCUCCAACACUUACCCGAUCAGCAUUGCAGCGCGGGUCAUAUACUGGGUUGGCUACAGUGUGUCCCUCAUUGUGUACACCUCAUACUCCGCCACGCUAGUCUCACACCUGGCCGUGGAGCAGCCGGCGCCUCUGCCCUUCAGCAACCUGCACCAGCUGUCCCGGCAGUCAGGCUGGGACGCGGGAUGCAGCAACAAUGACCUCUUCCAAGUGACGGCCUCACAAACGUGUGUGGACUCCCAGACAGAUGAGUGCCGAGUGCUGAGAGAGGCUUGGCAGAAAGUGGUGUUGAGAUCCCCAGAUAACUUAGUGAACUCCUACAGUGAGGGACUGGAGAAGGUCUUGAACAGUAAGUACGUGUUCAUAGGUGUGGACGUCACAACCAACUACUACAUCCGUGGCCUUCCCAUUGCCGACUCCUGCAGAAUCAAGGAACUGCCAGGCCGGUACAUCACAGGAGGCAUUGCGAUAGGCCUGCAAAAUAAUUCACCCUUCAGGAAGAUAUUUGACCACAGCUUGCAGAAGAUGCGUGAGUCGGGCCUGAUGAACAAACUGAGGACAAAGUGGCUUUCAGCAGGAACCUCUACGUGUGGCAGGAAGACUAAAAUCACGGCCAACCUCUCUGACGUAGCUGCAAUCUUCAUCCUCUUGAUGGGUGGUGCAACAUUUAGCUGUCUGCUGCUGCUGCUGGAAUAUGGGGUACAACAGGCAAGACAGAGGUGGUGGAUGAUGAAUUCCUGGGAUUUCCUGACCUGAAAGAAGCACAAACGAUGACAAGAGAUCUACGAGUACAUUGUUAAAGCCUUAAAUAUUCUACUAAUCUCAUUACAUGUAUUCAUUCUAUUCACUCUUAGAUUCCUUAAUUCCUUAAGGUGCAUUCAUAUGUAGUAUAUACUAGUGUCCCUUAUUCAUAUCACUACAAAUCAUGAAACAGUUAUUGAAGUUGUUCACAAAUAUGAAGUUUAGU